UCAUCUCUGCCCUUCUUCUUACACCCAAUUUCAUAGACAGCAGGUUUACGCGGUGUCGCCAGUUGUCACAGUUUGGUGAAAGGUUCCGACAGAAGUGAGAAGUGAACACAAAUGCCUUUUAUAACGAAAAGUCGGAAAAUUUUCAACGAUAAAACGCUAAAGUUGAGCGGAACAACGUAAACGGUAAUCACACCGAAUCGAACAAUAUGAAUACACCUCAAAGUAAUAAAAAGAAAAGCAGGAACAGAAUGGGCGUACCUAACGACUCCUCAGGAGUCGAGGGUUCGGAUGUUCCAAAUCCUCGAGAAUCUUCAAAAUUUGUAAUGAUAAAUCCUCCAAGCGAGGAAGGGAAUAAGCCUGUAAGGCUUGGGAUUGGUGAAGGGUUUUCUGUAAUUUCCUUGGAAGACUUUAAAACCGAGGAGAAGAAUUUUGUUGGUAAGGGACACGCGACGACAGCUGAUAAAGAUAGAGAAGAUAAAACAAUACCGAGUUCAUUGCCUGUGGCAUCGGUUAAGGAACUGGAUGGAUACGAACUACAGAUAGGAGAGGCUGAGCCACUGCCUAAUUCUUAUGUUAGAUUUAUGGAACGUAGCGGCGAGGAGCUUGAUGGUGAGGUCGAGUACGAUCUAGACGAGGAAGACUCAGCAUGGUUGAGUAUCGUCAAUGAGCGACGUUUAGCAUCAGGUCUGGCACCACCUAUGGAAGCGGACACGUUUGAACUGUUGAUGGACCGACUGGAAAAAGAGUCUUACUUCCAGCAGCAGAGCAAUGGAAAUGGUGGUAGCGGAGUUGGUGGUACCGGUGGAGGAACUGGAGGAAGUGUAGGAUCCGGUGGACUGAGCGGUGGCAGUGCUAACGUUGCAGCACUGGACGAAGACGCAGUGUGUUGUAUCUGCAUGGACGGCGAGUGCCAAAAUAGCAAUGCCAUUUUAUUCUGUGACAUGUGCAAUCUAGCAGUACACCAGGACUGCUACGGUGUGCCGUACAUUCCCGAAGGCCAGUGGCUGUGCCGUCGUUGCCUACAGAGCCCAUCUCGGGCAGUAGACUGUGUGCUGUGUCCCAACAGAGGUGGUGCAUUCAAGCAGACCGACCGACCCUCCACAUGGGCGCAUGUGGUCUGUGCUCUCUGGAUCCCAGAGGUUAGGUUUGCAAACACAGUUUUCCUGGAACCUAUUGACAGUAUCGAGAGCAUUCCUGCAGCUCGAUGGCGUCUCACUUGCUGCGUUUGUAAGCGGCGCGCCGCCGGUGCCUGUAUUCAAUGUCACAAAAGCAACUGCUACGCUGCUUUCCACGUGACCUGUGCCCAGCAAGCUGGUUUAUGCAUGCGGAUGCGUACAGUCCAGCCUGCCAACGGAGAGCCGAUGCUCGUACAGAAGACUGCCUACUGCGAAGCCCACACCCCGGCUGAUUAUCAGCCCUCAACGAAUCCUGCUGACGCCAGGAGGAGAGCCAUUGCCAACAAGAAGAGCUCUUCCGCUCCUGUCAUCUCAAUACCAACUAUUCCUCCAGAACGUAUUCGCGAGAUAGCUAGCCUGGCAGAGGGGUUGCCGAGGAAGAGUCAAUUGAUCCAACGUUUGAUUGCCUACUGGACUCUGAAACGUCAGUACAGGAACGGAGUUCCUCUACUCCGGAGACUACAGAGUACCCAUCCACACGCUCGUCCUCCCCCACUGACCGAUUGCACCUCUCCAGCACCUGAUGGGGAAUCCAGGGGUGAACUCUAUCGUCAGCUCAAGUAUUGGCAGUGUCUUCGACAAGAUUUAGAAAGGGCUCGGUUACUCUGCGAGCUGGUCCGCAAACGCGAGAAACUUAAAAAGGAGCUCUUCAAGGUCAAGGAAAAGUGCAUGUGGUUCGAGCUGCGUCCAUUGGAAAGCGUCCUGAGGACCUUGUUGGAGGCGAUCAAAGCUCGCGACAGCAACAACGUGUUCGGCCAGCCAGUGGACACAAAGGAAGUGCCCGAUUAUCUGGACAUAGUGACGCACCCUAUGGACUUGUCAACGAUGGAGGCCAAGUUGGAACGCCAGGAGUACGAUACCCUGGCAUCCUUUGAAGAGGACUUCAACCUUAUGGUGUCGAACUGUCUGGCGUACAACCGCAAGGACACGAUGUUCUACCGGGCCGGAGUGAGGAUGCGCGAGCAAGGAGGCGCUCUGAUCGAGCAGGCGCUCAAGGACUACCCCGAGCUGGAGAGUGAAGUCGUUGGAGACGGCGAGAGAGAGACGGCACCAAGCCCAGUGAAGUGGAGGAAGCGAGAGAGGAACUCCCGGAUCCGGGCCGACUCGGGAACCACGGAAGGCCCAGCCGUGCCGGGGCAGAAGGACAUGGGUAGAUCCGGGACCGGCGUCAACCGCAGGACGGCUGUCCUCUUCACUCGCAAAGCCAGGGCCAGGGCAGGAAAAGGCGGCCCCGAGGCCUCCAGCGACCGGGCCGACCCGGAGCCGGCGACCCCCAGGCCCUCCAAACAAGCCGACAGCUUCAGGGUGUACAGAAGCGGAGCCCAGGACAGCGACGGCGCCGAGGGCGAGAGUCAGUCGUCCAGUUGCAGCAGCUGUUCGACCAGCAGGUCGACCAGUCCUGUGCCGGACGAGGAUGCGGUUCCUGGAGAGGAGGAGGCACCUAGAGAAGACCCGAAGGAGGUUCCGGAGCCCAGGGAGAAGGAGAGGGUCACCAGAAAGCGAGAGGAUGGUCGCCUGGAGGCGUUGCAGCUGGUCUGGGCCAAGUGCCGGGGAUAUCCUUGGUAUCCUGCCCUGAUCAUCGACCCUGGCACUCCAAGGGGUACCGUGCACAAAGGAGUGCCUAUCCCGGCGCCCCCGGAUGACGUCCUAGCUCUCGCCGUCAACUACAAGGAGCCCGUCUACCUCGUCCUGUUCUUCGAUACCAAGCGUACCUGGCAAUGGCUGCCAGGCGAGAAGCUGGAGAAGCUCGGCGUGUCCGAAGAGGUUGACGAGGCAAAGCUCAUCGAGUCCCGCAAACCGGCUGACAGGAAGGCCGUGAAGAAGGCGUACCAGGAGGCCCUGCAUUAUCGGAAGCAGACGCACAAUGCUCCUUUGAAUGCCACGGCGAAUGUGUGAGAAUAAUUCAUGGUCUUGUCGGCGUCUUCGUCGAACCACUCCGUUUUAUUUGCCUUGAGAAUAAUUACAGUUUCGACAGGAACUCGUAGGUUUGUCUG